AUGCCGCAGCUGCGGGCAGAAGAUUAUACAAUCGGAUGGAUUUGUGCUUUGCCCCAGGAACUAAGGGCAGCAAUCAUCGUUCUAGACGAGAUACACCCUGAUAUUCGUGGAUUAUCAAGUGUCUACACGCUGGGAAGGAUCGGGGAACACAACAUUGCGAUUGCAUGUUUACCCAUGGGAAAGCCUGCGAAUUGCCCGGCUGCCCUGGUCGGAGCCGACAUGAUGAGAGAUUUCCCCUCGAUUCAUUUUGGCGUACUGGUAGGAAUCGGGGGAGGCAUGUUCGACAACGGAGUCCGACUGGGCGAUGUGGUUGUUGGGUAUCCAAACAGUCAGUACCCGGGGGUUGUGCAAAGCGAUCUUGGGAAGGUAGAAAGCACAGGAUUCCUCCCGACCGGUUACUUAAUGCCUCCACCAAGAGUCUUAUUAUCAGCAGUGGCGAGCUUGGCUGAAGGCCGGAAACAGGGAAAGCCGAGGCUGGAGCACUUUAUCGAGCAGACUCGGAAGAAAUGGCCCAAGGUGGCGCAUCAGUUCAACCGGCCCGCAGAGACCCAACGCCGGCCGCAGCCAAGUGGCUCUCGAGUCUCCGCAAGUCCAGGGAAGGUUGGUCCAAAUAUUCAUUAUGGCCUCAUUGCCUCUGGGAAUCAGGUUGUGAAAAACGCCAAAUAUCGAGACGAGGUGAACAGACGUUUCCAUGGGAGAGUACUGUGUUUCGAAAUGGAAGCUGCCGGCUUACUGGAGAAAUUUCCAUUUCUCGUUGUCCGAGGAAUUUCCGACUAUGCAGAUUCCACCAAGAAUGAUGAUUGGCAUCAUUAUGCGGCGUUAGCUGCAGCGGCAUAUGCCAAGGAGCUUCUUCAAUAUGUACGGAUGCCUUCGAGGCUCCCUUCGAGGCUCCCUCCGAGAAUGUAUUGA